AUGUAUAGCUUUGGUUAAUAAGACAACAGAAUCACAGGCAGCAUUUAAGAUUUAAAAGCCAUGAGUCUGGUGGACAUUGAAAUCACGAAGGUGAAGUCUCCUGCUUUAUUUUAUGCCAAAGUGGUGAAAGACUUGACAGAAUCAUCAAAUGAUUUGGCAUUCCAACAGCUGGAAAAGUAUAUUAAUGACUUUUUCAACAGUGAGAGCCUUUAUCUGCCAAGUUACAUACCCAAUGAGGGAGAAAUUUGUAUUGGAAGGCGCGUGUCGGAUCGCCGAUGGUGCCGAGUUGAGGUAAAAGGCGUGCUUUCUAGGAGAUGUGGACCAGAAGGAAGAUGCUACUUCCUAGACUAUGGUGUUUCAGAUUACAUACCACUCAAGUGGUUCCGAAAGGCCUCUGAUGACUUCCUACAAGUCCCAUUCCUGGUGAAGAAGUUCUGUCUGUAUGGCGUGAAACCUUUAACACUUCAUGUGGAAACUGAGGACCUCACCUUCAAAGAAGUGGUGACGGAUACCUGGGAUACUGCAGCAGUGAAAUUAAUGAAUCAAGUGGUCACAGAGAGCCAGAGUACAAAGGCACGCAUCAGACAUGUGGACCAGGACAAUGUUCACCAUGUUGAUCUCUACUUUUUCUCCAAAAAACACAACAUCUGGCUGAAUGAUGAGUUUGUCGCGCUCAAUUAUGCCACCUGGUUCAAUCCAGAUGAACAUCAAGCAGAUUCUGGGGAAGCUGUCAUCCAGAAGCUGAUCAAGCACACAAAGACAUUGGAGAGAAGUCUCACAGCUGACGGGAGGAGAAGGAAACAUAUUUCUGGUAGCUGCAGCGAUACCGAGGGUGGCAGGAUACCUUUUUUCUCUCCUGUAAAACAUUCCCUCAAUACCACUGUACCAGUGGUAGGGAGGAUGAAGCGUCGAGGAAUUCAUAACUCAAUGGCUGAUGAAAUAACACACAGCAUUUCAGACUUGUUGCCUCAGAAUUCUUCUGGCGAUGGUGCAGGUGAUGACAGUCCUCUGAAAAAGAACCCAAAAUAUACCGAUCAAAAAAGGAAGCCUAUUACUCUUGCAGAAUACAAAGAGCGUCGGCGGCUGUGUGACACUGCAGCAUGUAGUGAUUCAGAAAUGAUCUAUAGGUCAUCGCCAUUACAAAAGAAAUCCACAACCAGAAUUCAAACAUUGAAUUCUGCAGAUAUAAUUAAGUCAUCUGAGAUCCCAAUGUCGCCCAUUUGUUAUCCUUCCUCACAGAUGAGUACUGACAGACAAAGCACAUCACCAACUUCAUCCACUUCUUCUCUGUCUUCACUUGUUGUGCCAAAAUCUGCUAUGUUAGGUAAGCUUCUAAGUGCACUGUCGCCUGAAAAGAAGGAAUCUACGACUGCCACCAAAGAAAUGGAACCUGCUGAAAUUGACAGUACUAGUAAGUCAACUAUAAAGAAAUUACUCCACAGUGAUCUAGGCCUUCCACUGACACGGGCACGUCUUCCAAAAUCAGUCAUGAGAUCAUCAACGUCGGAGAGUGAACCUGAUAGUCCCAGAGUACAGGUCUCCAAGCAAAUAUCCACAUCCUCAGGUAAAAACAGCAGCUCAUCCUCAGAAGAUGAUAAACUUGUUGGUGAUCUGAAGAAGUCUAUCCUGAAGAAGCCAUCAACAUCUGUAUUGCUGAAUGAGAAACCUUCUGUUAGAUUCAGGGACAGUGAAGCUAUAGCUGAAACUCAUGCAAAGAAAACACAAAUGUUGGGCCGCCUCACGGGUAAAAGUGCAGGCCAAAGGCUAUUGGACAAACUUUGUAUCGGAGGGGGAACACAAUCUUUGGGGAAAAAGCCAGUGGAAAUGCCUAAUUUGAAUGAUGAUGGCGUGUUGGUACACAGCGAAGACUCCCUCAAGCCAAUCUACAAGAUUCAGGAUACACCACUAGAUCCCAUCAUCAGAGAGGGCCUCGAUAAUUACGGCAUAGAAGCACCAAAGUUCAUACAGUGUUACUCUUGGCCGGCUCUUCUAAGAGGGCGUAAUAUUGUGGGCAUAUCGCCCAGUGAGUCAGGAAAAACUUUUGCCUACCUUGCCCCACUCCUAACGGAUCUACUCAAGCCAACCAACUACAAGGACAUUCCUACUGGCAACGGGCCAUAUGCCAUUAUAAUGGUGCCUUUCUGGAAGAGUGCCCAGAUGGUGUAUGAUGUAACCAAGACACUUCUGUGUGGCAAUAACUCUUUCCGUGUUCUAGUCACCUAUGGAGGAGGAAAUGAAGAGAGUCAAGUGGUACCAUUGAUCAAUGGCUGUGAACUAUUAAUUACUACGCCACGUAGCUUGUCCCGACUACUACAGCAGAAAUACACACAUCUGGAACGCCUCUGUCAUAUUGUGAUAGAUGAUGCUGAGAUCGUUUUGGAGGAGUUUAGAGAGGAGAUUCAGGACUUAAUGAUCAACUAUGCACGGGUGGUUGAGGAGCAUGUGGAACGCUCUGCACCACGUGAGGUGCUGGUGUUCAGUUCACGCUGGUGUAAUAUGGUCAACUCCUUCAUUGAUGCCUUCAUGCCUGACCCUACCCUCAUCAUCACCUCACGCUUUGAGGCUGCCAUAUAUGGCCGUGUCAAACAAAUUCCGCUGCUUUGGAGAACUGAUCAGCUGAUGCCACAGUUUCUUGAGCUGGUCAGCUCCCUGGCUCGAGACAACUGCAAGCUGAUCAUCUUCUGCAGUAAUGUCAACACUACUCUUCACAUCCAUAAGAUGCUGAAAAGUCGCUCCUUGUACUCUUUACUAUCUCAUGACAAAAUGGAUACACUGAUGCUGGAGCAGAUAGGAGGAGAGUGGGCAGGGCCCAUAGACAAGGGAAAGAUCCUUAUUUGUACGGAUGAGAGUGUGGAGGAACUGAAACUUGUGGAUGCCACUGCCAUCAUCCACUAUGACCUGCCUUCCUCAAAGACAAAGUUUGGAAAUAGACUCUCAACUAUGAGCAAGUACUACUACAACUCCUCUAUCAAAGAAAAGGUUGGAGAUAUAGAGCCAACAUCUUACAUCCUUAUCACAGAGGAAAGUGGUCGCCAGGUGGAAACUAUCUUACAGCUGCUCAAGAGGACUAAAAGCAAAAUUCCUCGUAAUCUGCACUCUAUGGUCAUGGGUAUAAACCAGCAAAAAAACUGUGAUGGGGAAAAGGAGUUGUGUGUGGCCUUAAAAGCCUAUGGUUCAUGCAGGUACCAGAACAAGUGUACAGCUCGACAUGCCCUAGUACCAGACGUGGAUUGUAAAGCUUCUCAACAAGCAUUCAAUAGUGGAGAGGUGAAGGUACUGGUAACCCAUGUGGUAGAUGCUAGUCACUAUUUUGUGAGAGUGUUAGAACACAAACCACCGACAGGAGACAAAGUGGAUAUGUCAACAACUAUGUUGGAGCUCACGUUAAAAAUGGCUGAGUGGUUUGGGGACCUCCACAACAGAUCCAAAUACAGUAACUUGUGUUUGGGGGAGAUGUGUGCUGUUUCGGAGGAUGAGGAAACCUAUCACAGGGUGAAGGUUUGUGAUAUCACAGGUAUAAACUCACCAGGUGAUCGCAUCAAGGCAGAGGUGAAGUUUGUUGAUGAUGGCAGAAAGAGUUUUGUGUCGCUCAAUAAAAUGUACAAUCUACCUCCACACCUCAGGGAUGCCCCAUACCAGGCUUUGGAAGUUUUUAUCUGCCGAGUACAGCCAGUUGAUCUGGAUGAAAACUGGACGAGCAAGGCGAGUAUGUUUGUUUAUGAUCUUCUGGAACAGAAGACUAUGGAUGGAAGGAUUGUACUCAGAAUUGGCAAUACUCUGUGGCUGGACCCCCUGGUGGAAAGGAUCUACCUCAAUGAUCUCCAUGCUUACUGUACCAACCUGUAUGUACGUUCAGAACUCUUGAAAAAUGGAUUUGCUGUAGACAAUCCCAACCAUUUACAGCUAUUGUACGACCUCUGUAAGGGACAGAUAGAGGUCCCAAAACUCAACCAACAUUCUGACAGGUCUGAGAAGAAGACAGAAGUGGACAUUUUACCCGAGUCUAAGGAAUUCCAUGAUGUCCACCUAUCUGCUAUCAUGUCUCCAACAUUGAUGUAUCUCCAGAGGAGCGAAAGCAGCAAACUAUUGGAGAAGAUGAAUGAUGAAAUAAACGAAAGAAUGAAGAAUGUUGAACCUACAGUAAUGAAGUUGACCAGUUUGAAGACAGGGUCUGUGUGUCUGGCUAAGUUUGGGGAGGACAAUAUGUGGUACAGAGUGCGUAUAUUGAAGGAAUUAGAUGACAACAUGGUUAAAGUGCUUCAUGUAGACUUUGGGGAUCAGGAAGAAGUAUCCAGGGACAACCUGCAGAAAAUCCCUCAGGAGUUCCUUGAGCUUCCCUUCCAGGCCAUUGAGGCUGGACUGUCCCAUAUUGUACCACGUGAGGAGAGGUGGGAAAAGUCAGCUGAAGACCUGAUCUGGGACCUAGCUCACUACGUCACCAGUGAGAUGAAAGUUCUUACUGCUAAGGUGGUCACCAAACAGCAAGCAAUGUAUUCUGGUAUCCACAAGUACUUUGUGGAGUUGUAUGAUACUUCUACAUAUUUUGAUGUCAACCUGGCUCUGGAGUUAGUGUGGUCUGGGUAUGCCACUCCUACAGAGGACUCCACCUACCAUGAUCUGUUUUCACCACCCCAAGACAAGCAAUUCUUCACAAUUCCAAUCCUGAAGCUGCUGGACCUGUGUAGCCAGAUCUAUUGGGGCAAGGGAGAUUGCAAAGCUGUAACAGCAAGCAAAGAGAUCCUGAAAAUGGUCACAUCGUGUGCUAAAAGUAAGCCUCUCAACCUGGUAGCCUAUGGUGGUCUGAAGGCAAUUAUAAAGCUGAUAGGCAGGGUUGGGUUUGAGGACAUUCACAGGUGUCUGUUGGACAGUCUUGUCACAGCGGCAUCCAAGCAUGACAGAAUAUGUGAAGAAAUAGUGGAACAAGAUGGAGGUGUUGGCCUGGUAAACAGCCUAGAACAGACCAACAGGCAUUGGUUGCAAGAACAGGUCCUGAUUGCAAUGGAAAAGUUUCUGGAUAUCAGCAUCAGAUUUCUGCCCUGUUUUGAGGAGGGGAGAGUAGUGAGGACUUUGUGUGAGCUGCUGGACUCCACAGAAGAGUCUAAGGUACAGAUGGCUACGUGUCGCACCCUGAGGAAAAUGUGUCGGCUGUCUGAAGCGGUGUUAUUGAUGACCUUUGACAACAAGAUCUGCUCAAGACUGAUAAACUGUUUCGAAGAUGGAGAAAAAGAGGUUGACCCAGAUGUUGCUAUGGCAGCCAUGGAGCUCUUGGAUACUCUAGUGGAAAAGAAUGAGAAGAACGAGGAUUCUUUAACUAAACCCAAGCUGGUAAAGUGUGUGGUGAACACCCUCCGACAAACCGAGGAGGAGAAGUUUAUGCUGUGUGGUUUAAGAUACUGUAACUAUUAUGGAAAACUGAACCGGAGAAACAAGACAGUUCUUCUACAGUUGGAAUUAGUACCUAUCCUAGACAGAUUACUGAGCCUACCUCACCUGAACUCAGUCAUCCAUGACAUGUGCUUGGAGCAGAAGACUAGUCUUGUGGUCAAUGUCCAGUCCUCACAGACUAUUAAGAACACACCGAUAAGUCAGUCUAAAGCCUCAAAUGACCACAUAGACAGCAUCCUGCCACAAGUGCUGUGGUCGGAGAAUAUCUUUACUGUCCGACUCAGCAUUAAAGUAGUGGGCGUGAACCUGAAGUCUGAUCCUGUACAAAUCACGGAGAAUUCGGUCACCUUCAGGGCAUUGGUGGAUGGUAAGGUUUACUCAGUGGAGUACAUCCUAUACGACUCCAUCCUACCAGCCCGCAGUCAGGUGAAGAUUAGCUCUGGUGAAGUGACUAUCGUCCUACGCAAGAACCAGAAGGGGCGCUGGCCUCGGCUCAUCAAACUCAAAGCCAAGCCUGCCAAUCUGUUGUAUGACUUUGACCGGUAUGAGGACAGCUCAUCAGCUGAAGACGAAGACUGUGAUGAGGAUGGGGCAGGUCCAACCAGGAAAAGUAAGAAAAUACGACUGCCAACAGGGAUCUCCGCGGAAAAGAAACAGGAGAUAAUGGAACGUCAUCGCCUGGAACAGAGCUGCUCGACACAAUCAAGUGAUGAAAAUGAGGGGAUCAUUAGGAAUGAUGAUCGUGAUCCAUAUGAUAUCUUUGAUGUUGGGCAUUAGACAUGAAUUUCUGUAGCUUGGAAGUUGAGUUUUUGUCCUAUUAAAAAACCUUCGAAUGAAAUACAAAAUUCCUCAUGCAGUGUGUUUAAAUGGAGAAGGCGUAAUCUUUGCAAAACACUGCUAGAACCAACGAUUUCGUGACAGACAUAGAUAUUGACUCUCACAGACAGUUGUGUGGAUAAUACGGGGAUUGUUAAGAGUUAUCGAGAUAACCAUUGGACAAGAUGGUCAGAGUUGUUGAGACGACCGAGUUAUUUAGACAACCAUUGGACAAGAUGCUCAGAGUUAUUGAGACUACCGAGUUAUUGAGACGAUCAUUGGACAAGAUGGUCAGAGUUAUUGAGAUGACUAAUGUGAAAUGAUUUUAGUUCAUCAGAGAGUGAUGUGUGCCUUAUGACAUUGUUAUAAAUCUACAACACUAAAAGAAUUUUCUGCAAUGUGCGCCAGGAUUUUCCAGGAUCCACUGUGCUGGUCAUCAAGUAACAUUUUACCUUUUGUUUUCGUUAUCUUAUUUCCCUAAUUUGGAGUAAUUAGGAGGAAUUUUCCUAAUUUGGAGUAAUUAGGAGGAAUUUUCCUAAUUAGGAGGAAUUUCCCUAAUUUGGUGUAAUUAGGAGGAAUUUGAACAUCAAGACAGAAAGUCUUGGCAGAAGUCACAGUGACAUUAUUUUGACACUUUGUUGACUGAAAAAGUUCGUGUUCAAUUAAUUGUUUUAAUGUGCUUUAACAUGUUUGAUAAUAUGGGCAGCAAUAUAUCAUUAUGUCUGUUUUAUUCAUUGAAAGGACUUAAACAUGAAGUUUUAGAAAAUGACCUUCAUAAUAAUGUUUUGUUAUAAAAGAAAGAUUGCAAGGUUGAGAUAAAAGAAAUAAAGUUAUCUUCAUAGAUAUAUUUUUGUAGAAAGAAAGCAUUGGCAUAUAUAUAGAUUGAUACCAGUAUGUCAAUGCGGGAAUCACAGCAGAGAUUAUUCAGUAUUGAAGGAAUUGGUAUUGAAUGACCUUGACCUUGCUGUGUCAGUAUGGACCGAAAUAGAAUAUUAUUUUACCUAAACAUGUUGAAAUCUAUUUUCACAAACUAUGAAAUGAUUGAGCCCGAACCAUCAGAAAAUCAAACUGGAGGAACUUCACUUUUACCGUAAUUGAUGAUGGUAUAACCUUGAAAUAAUUAUAACGUUUCAUGAACAGUAAAAUAACCACAAAACUUUUAUGAAGACGUUGCAAAAUACAGGGUAUUGAGUUUAGUUUCAGGAAGGGUAAAAUGGAGUUUCAUGAACAAAGAUAAUGAUUUUUUUUUUUUUUUUGAGCUGGCACAUGUAUACCUGGUACAUAUGGCCUUUGAAAAUCAAGUUGUAUUGUAAAAAUACUCAUUGAAAUUCAUUUAAGAGUUGCUCAAGAUCCUGUUUAGUGGUAGAUAUACAAAAUAAAGAUAAAAAUGUAUAUGGAUGAGGUCAGAAAUCUCGGUUUUUAUUGCCAAGGGUGUAAACCCUUCAGGCUCUAUAUUUUACUCAUUGUUUUCAGUGUUAAUUCAACUUUUAGCCUUACGGUUCAUAAGCAUCCUAAAGACUACAUCAUACAAUUAUCUUUAAUAUGUAAUUACAAAUGAACUGAAGAUGAACAGCAUUAGUAUAAUUACAUAUAUUAAGAUCUAUACCAUAUUGAACUACUAGAGGUUAAUGAUGUAAUGACAACAUUUCUCAGCGGCAAUAUUGAAUGAAUGCUCAAUAAGAAUAAAUUUAUAAAUGAAUGGAGUAUACAAUAGUGUAGUCAGGGGAUAGGUGGCUAAAAUAGUGGUAGACCUGGAAACUGAUAUGAGUGAAAACACCUAAUGAUGCACUUUAUGGCAGUAAAAGCUUUAAAGCAAUGACAUUCAUAGCUCAUAUUGUACAGUUAUAACAUGAUAGUGUUAAAGACAACUAAAUGUCUGUCACUUCCUCGGAAACGGUGACCAGAAAAUAUCUGUUUAUCACAGAGAACAUCUCCAAACCAUUUAAAAAAGGAUAUGUUUUUUUUCAUUUUAAAGCAAAAGCUUUUUAACUUGCGUUGUCAGCUUUAAGUGAAUAUAGUAAGAUUGUAAUAAAGCAGAGGAAUACUUCUUUUGAGCUGUCAUUCUAACCACCUUAGAAGACUCCUCAAUGCCCUAAAAUUCUAGAUAGGGAAUUAACUGCUAUGCCAGACCAUGAUUCAAACUCUAAAGGUGUAAACUCUACACAAAAAUGCAAGCUCUUGGAUUAAGAUGGAUAAAGGCAAUCGAAUACUGCCCUUUUCUAUGACAAUAUCAUAGACAGGUAGGGGCCGCAGAUGGCUGAGUGGUUAAGGUGUCCUGACACGUUAACACUAGCCCUCCACCCCUGGGUUGCGAGUUCGAAACCUACGUGGGGGCAGUUGUCUGGUGUACUGACUGUAGGCUGGUGGUUUUCCUGGUACUCCUGCUUUCCUUCACCUCCAAAACCUGAUCAUCUUGACACAUCCUGAAAUGACCCUGACUGUAAAUAGGAUGAUAAAUAAACUAAACAUAGACAGGUAAGAACAAUCUCAAAAAGAAGACAGAUUUAGGAUUAUUUCAUGCUUAGUGGUAAGACUGAGUAUUUCACAGGGUUGACAUGUUCUUCAUCUCUCCUUGGGAGGUUUUUACAAAGUUUUCCAAUGGCAACAGCCGUUCUUGUAAAAUGAAGUACUUUUUGUCAGUAUUUCCCAUUGUUUCCUCUUGGAAUUGAACCCAGGACCCCUUGUUUACUAGUUCAAUGCUCUUCCAAAUAAACAAAAGAGACAUUCUCCAUAUCCAAAUUGGUAAGAGCCAGCUGUAAGUUUACCAUGAUGACAUAGGCUGAUCAGUAGUUUGAAUAUUGAGGCUGUCAUCCUUUUCCAGUAGUGAGUAAGAAUCUUGAGGUCAUGACCCAUUUCCAGUAGUGAGUCAGAAUCUUGAGGUCAUAACCCUUUUCCAGUAGUGCUACAGUUGCCAUAUUAAUAACAAAACUGUAUCACAAAACAAAGUUUUUAGAACCCUUCAAUUAUAACUGGUGCCAAAGGUAGGGAAAUUCAGAUGAUAAAAAGUCAGCUAAUUGGCCUAAAGCAAUAUAGGAGAUACAAUUACCCUACAAGAUCAUCAAUUUGACAAUUUUGAACAUGAAAUAAUUUUUGAAGAAAAAGAGAAAGUGUUUAUAAACUGAAUUGAGUCCAGUAUUUGAUGCAGAAGUUACAGCAAACCAUGGGGAUUAAAAUAUUCAACAGUUGAGUUAAGAAAAUCAAAAUUUGCCAAAGUAAAUGUAAAAAUAUAAAAACUUGAAUGUGGCCAUUACAGUUGACACUUCUAAAUUAAAACAACUAAUAAAUUAUAAUUUAGCAUAACAAAUCAAGCCAUUUUAUAAAGACAGGAGGAUAUAUAGAUACCAUGAUGGUAAGGUGCUCCCCCCUGGCAGUCUUGUCUUUUGUAAUAAUUGGUAAGUAGAACAAUAUUUUGUAGGUGUAUAAAGAAAAUAUUUUCAUUUCACCGCAUUAUAGCCAUCUCAAAGUGGUGCAAAUUAUUAUUUGUGGUGAUUGGGCCUUUAGUUACCAGCAGAUUUCGUUCUCAACUCCCUGAGGAGCAUACAGCCAGAGCUGCCAUUUUGGCACUAAAGGCUUUCAUACAUUAUUUCUUGCACUGCCCUACCACAUAGUUAUUUACAUCUGAGUUGACUAGAACACAACAGAGAAAAGUAUCUUGUUCAGGGAUACAAAACCACUGUUGUAGGGACUCGAACUAGCGAUCCUUUGGUCACAUUGCCCUUUAUCCUACCACUAGACCACCAUGCCUCUGUUUUAUUAAAAAUGCAUUGUAUCGAUCAAUUCAUACCGUAUUUUUGCUGUUGUUAUAUAUGUAUGUAUCAUUAAUCAUGCAUAUGAAACUUUGUGCUUGUUAAACUUAAGAAGGUUGUGUUUGUUAGAAUAAAAAAAAAAUAGAAUAAAAAGACUGUGAAUGAAUGAAAAAGGGGUGGGGGUUAUAUUUAACUUGAUGUUGAAAAGAGAAUCAUUUCAUUAUGCAAAAUUGAUUAUGAUGAUUAAAGAUGUGGUAGAAUAGGAAAGCUAAUAUUAUCAGUUUUCGAUCAUAUAAUCAGUAAAAAUUCCUCAUAUACUGAAAACUUGUGAAUAUUUAUCUCCUGAUAUAUUUCUUCAAUCUG